UCCAAUCCGGCCAAUUGUCUCGCCCUGAUCCGAGAGCGAGAUUCAUUUAUUUAUUUGUUCGUAAACAAAUCUGUAUUUCUUGCAACAAAAAAAACAUUGGCAGUUAGCGUAUAACUAUUUUGCAAAUAUACGGUUAGCUAGAUUUUAAAGAGACAUCUUGCCAUUUCUGUAUACUGGUUUACAAAGUGGCUAGGUUCUGAAAUGUAACGCUAAACUGCCUUGCUUUCCACCGGAAGCGCAGUUGAGAUAGAAAUCAUGAGUAUGGGACGUCUAGAUGGAACAGCAAAUUGGAAUUUUAUCUAGGAGUUUGUAGGGCACGUCUUGGGGCAAGUUUGGUAAAGCCACAUAUCCACAUUGGGCGCAGAGCUCUGGUCGAGGCCCUUCAGCCCAUGUGUGAUGAUGUUGUCAUCUGUUUCGGCUGAUCCAAGAGGUGGUCAGCAGCUCCCCGGCUCCACGUCGGUGGGUCCAUGCCCUUCUCUCUCCCAGCUGUACCAUGAACAACUGGCCACAGGGUGCAGAGAGACUAGCAAGGACCAGAGGAAUGCUGCGGAGGAUGGAGGACCUCUGGUGACCGUAACUAUGUCUCACAGACCAGCAGAGAGCAGAGAUAGAGAUGGUAGUCUUGGGAUGGACUCUGGUGUGAGAGAGAGACAGACUCAGGCAGAUCACAGGCAGAGGGCUUUGGGUUCAGUCUCCAGUUUGAGAGGUCCUGUCUAUGGGACUGCAGGAUCUUCCGAUUUCAGAAGAACAGAGACACAAGUGUCAGACCAGGUCCAAGGCACCCAAAGACCUGGCAACAAAGGCAAUGUCUGGGUUCAUCCAAAACAACUAGAGCCUACCUCCCCUCCUCCGCCUCAGGUGUGCCCCUCUGAUCCUACUCCCCCGGCUGGCCCCACGGGAGAGCAGCUGGGGACCCUGAAGCUCUGCCUUGAAGCCCACCAGGCAGAGAUGAAGCGGCUGCUGACGGGCUCCCUCGGCUCCCUGUGCCAGCGUCUGGAGGUGGUGGAGAGGAGGAUGGAGCAGCUCUGUGAGCAGGGCACCACACAUGGCAACAGCCUGGCUCUGCUCAGGAUCCAGGUGGGCCAGCUGGCAAGAGGGAUGACUGCUGCUGUCGCCAAACAGGACCUGUCACCUCUCCAUGGUCUGGGAAAGGAACCAAGAGUGCUGAAAGAAGAGGACUUCACCAAGUUGUUACCACACAGUCCUAACCCUUUGUGCAAUAUGGGCUCCUCAGGAGCAGACUUAGACAAGGGGAGUGUCACUGGAUGUCAAUGGAUGAUGACGACAACAUUUUCACCCAGCCACAGUCCAGCCCCGAGCAGUGACCACAAAGAGGGGUUAGGUGGGGAAAUGAAAAGAACAGAGUCAGGCCGGUCCGUAUCCUCCAUGGGAAAAGCUCCCUCUAAGUCGGUCACUGAGGGGUGCAAACAAGGGAACUACUCCCCUGUGUCGGACUUUGAAGAUCUGGACAUGGAGCUGGCGGCCGAGAAGGGGCGGGACGCUCUUAACUGGUUGGUCAAUUCUGCCCUGGCAGACACAGAGUCUAGUGACAGCCAGGAAGUGCCCCUUCCAUCCCCUUCUCAGAAGGCACAAUCUGGGAACAGGAGAGAGAGUACAGAGACCCAUCCACACUCUCCUCAUGUACACUUCCCCACUGAAUCCCAAGGCCUGUCCAAAAGCACUGAGGUCCAUAAGUGUCCACUUACGGGUAAGGGUAGGACUAGGGCUGCAUUUCCUGAGGGGGUACAGUUGAGCCCUAUAGGAGCUUUCUCUCUGUCGCCACAUUCCGUUGAAGUUGUAAGGUCAUCUAGGCCUAAGCACACGGGAAGAAUAGCUCCUGCUUCAACUAAUAUCCAACUUAGGAUCACCAGCCCACCUCGCACUGACCACAUGGCCUACACUCAGUCCUCCAAAGAGGCAGAGAAAGACCAGAAGCCUGAGAGGAAGAGGCGGAACAAGAGGGAAGCGAAGGCACACUCGGUCGAUGAGUUUAACUCUACCGCCACUAAGCCCGUCAAGAGUAGCUUCUCCGCUCAGAUACAGGACCAACCACAGGUUGGUGUGGGCAGGGAGGCAGCCGAGGAGAGGCAGCAGAGUCAACAACACAAGCAGACUCUAAACUUUACAAUACCUCAUCAGCAACACAAUCCAUUGUCCCACGCCCAGCUGAAGUCUCCAGAUGGAGCAUCAUCACUAUCAGGUUCAGUCUUUGCACCCUCUUCCUGGUCCCCUCUGUCCUCCCCACCCAUGUCUGACUACGUGGACCCUCAGAAGGGCAAACAAGCCACGGAUCGAUCCUUCCUGCACUUCCACUCUUCCAGCCCCUCUCUAGACUCCUCCGUAGCCUCCAAGCUCUCCUCUCCCCGAAAUGGCUCUUCUAAAUCUCUCAUGGUUGGUGUUAGAUCCAUCCACCCCCAAGGCCAGGCCCUCCUACUCCAGCUGUCGGACACAGCCAGCCAGCUUGUACCUUCCAGCCCAUCCCCGGAGCUCCCCUCACCCCCGGAUGGUGGUCAAAGUAGAUGGGGGAACAUCCCGUGCGUCUUCAACUCCAAGCUCAAGAACCACUGGAAUAAGGACCGGUCCUCCUGUAAGAAGCGGCCCCUGAAAGGCGUUCGCAGCACUAGUGGUGCUCUAGCCAUGUCUCUCCCGGAGCUGGAGGAGGAGACGUCGCAGCACCACUGGCAGCCCCUGGUGAUUCUGGGCAGCCCAGUCUUGCCUCUGUCCCCCCUGCAGCUAGGGCCCCUAGCCCAGACCUUCUCCUCCUUAUGCUGUAGCAGCAAGGCCCUGGACAGAGACUCUUCUACCCUGCAGCACGGCCUCUUCCAUGCCACAGGCCAGUUUCCCAUGUCCCUCUUCAGCCAGAUGGGCUUCUCCAAGUUCUCCAAGGCGGGUCUGAGCACCGUGCUGGCUGCAUCCUCCCCCGCCUCCUUCCGCCACUGGUUCAGACACAAGUGCCCCAUGCCCCUCAUGAAGUUGUCGGCCACAGCGGUGGAGACGGUGAUGUGUCAGAUUAUAGAGUCACAGAAGAAGUACAUGUAUCCUCCCCUCAAGGACUACACAGGCCCUCCUGGCCUGGACAAUGACCACAGUUAUGCUCAAUCAUGCAGUCAAGAAGCUACCUCUGUCAGAAUGUCUAGCACAGCAAGCAGUACGUCUCUCACCUUCUCACCGACAAGGCGACGUUGGGUCAGACUCCCCCCAGAGCGGGCCCUUUCCAGCCCCAAGACCAGUCAUAGCCACAGCCCCAAGACCAUGCGUCUGGAUAACCAGCCCGAGCCUGUGCCCAGCUUUGCCAUCGCCAGUGCCAACGUCAAAUACCCUGGUCUGCAUGGCCGCAGCCCAACCAGAGAGGGUGGUCUGUAUGAUGCGAGUGUGGGAACCCAGCCAUGCCAGCGCUCCAAGAGGGUAUCCCAGAUCCGCAUUCGGAAGACUGUUCCCAAACCAGACAACAACCUCACUCCCAUGGGCCUGCCCAAACCAAAGAGACUGAAGAAGAAGGAGUUCAGCUUGGAGGAGAUUUACACCAACAAGAAUUACAAAUCACCCACUCCCAACAGGAGCCUGGAGACCAUCUUCGAGGAGCCCAAGGAGAAGAACGGAUCUCUGGUCUGCAUUGGCCACCAGAAGAGGAAGCGUGUACUGGACUUCCCCGACUUCACAUUGCCGCGCAAACGCAAAGUCCGGGCCAACAUGGCUCCCCUGCGUGUAAAGGGCCCCAGGGGGCGUGGUCGGCGGGGGAGGCCUGACGAUGCCGACCUGGAUGUCAUGCUCAUCGAGAGGCUGAGCGAGCUGGAAGACUUCUUCACCCGCCAAGGCCUGGAGGACUGAGCAGUCCCACAAUAACCCCUAUUUCACAUCCAAAUACAAACUCUCACAAAUGGUACCCUAUUCAUCAUAGUGCUCUACUUUUGACCCAAGCCCAUCGGGUCAAAGUAGCAUAUAAUAGAGUGAACAAGUUAUCAUUUGUGACAUGCUACACACAUGCAUUGCAUAUGGUUCAUCAUUCUCAGUUUUUGGACAGCUUGUUUUGUAAAUUGAUUGGGCUUAUGAAACUGGAUUUGAAUAAUUAGAUCAUGUUAAGAGAUUUCUAUGAUCGUGUUAGGUUUUUCUACUUCGGGGCCCCUGAAAUGCCCAUUCAGAUGAUUUGUUUCAGAACUGGCAGACUUUGAAGUGCUAGAAAAAAUUGACUUAAUGUGUGCCUUUUAUGGAAAUUUAAACUCAAUCCAGCAAAGAGAGGAUUUUUAUGAUAUAUAAUGAAUAGUGGUUGAACAAUUACUACUUUGUUCUUAGGAACUAUAAUUGAACCUGUGAUAACAGAAUUGUGGGUGCUCAUACUUGGAUGUGUGCGUUCGUACACACACAUGGAACUUUUGCAUGUGAAUACAUGGAAGACAAGUUUGACAACCCAUACCUGAGAACUUUCCCUCUUACCUCAUUCGGAUUUCUCAUCAACUCAUUAAUUAAAUUGUUGUUUUGAACGGGACCUUGUGAGGACACAACCGUUUCUGACAGAGUCAACGGUAUAUGUGCAGCUUUACUCCCCUGAUGACAGCCUCACUGCUAGCCUGGCCUUAGGAAUGUAGGUAACUGACCAACUGGAUUGGUGCCCCAUGUCUCUCUACCUCCUCAUGCAUUGUUGGGAAAGAUGCUACAUGUGAGGGCAUCAGUUCAGUACAUCUCCCUGAUAACCCAACUGGGAUCUAGAUGAUGAGGAGUUCCCAUCCUGAAUCAUAGUGAAACAAUACAUAUAUUUUGCAGUAUUUGUAAAGAAAAGGAAAAGUCCAUGAUUAACAGUCUUUUUCACCUGAUGUGCAUCAUCCGGUCCAUCAUCUGAUGUGCAUCAUCCGGUCCAUCAUCUGAUGUGCAUCAUCCGGUCCAUCAUCUGAUGUGCAUCAUCCGGUCCAUCAUCUGAUGUGCAUCAUCCGGUCCAUCAUCUGAUGUGCAUCAUCCGGUCCAUCAUCUGAUGUGCAUCAUCCGGUCCAUCAUCUGAUGUGCAUCAUCCGGUCCAUCAUCUGAUGUGCGAACACAAUUUGAUACAUAUGUGAAAAUGUUAUUUUCCUAUAGAUGGUAUAUUAUCUAUACUUCAGUGUUGAGGACCUAGAUCAGGACUGGACAAACUAUGAGCUCAUACAAUCUGGCCCACGGGAUGUUUGAGUAAUACAAGUUUAAAGUAAAAAUGAUUAUUUUGGGUUAGAUAAAAUACUCAAGGCCACUCUUGGUCAUUUAAAUCUAGAUGGUAUGUAGAAAUUAUAAUGGGCCUAUAUAUUUCCAAAUAACUUACGUUUUUCUGGGCCGCAAAUUGAUUUUAACAAACCCGUCCGUCCCCAAGAAAUCUGUGCGGCCCUCCAUUGAAUUUCGAAAUCCUGAUGUGGCCCUGAAGCCAAAAAGUUAGCCUUUCCCUGACCUAGCUACACAGUCGUACUAUGAGGCCAUUUUGGGUUGAAAGGCCUCAAGGUUUAAGUCCCUUGGCUCACUGUAAAGGACUCAGUACCUAUGGAAAUGGUCAUUUGGUAGACAUGGACCUAAUCUUUGAUCACAAACUGGAUUAUUUUUAUUUUUUUUGCGGUUUCUUUCUGUGGAUUGAUUUUCCAUUUUGGUGCAUUUUUCUUUGGACAUAUGAAAUAUGCAACAUCUUUGGUGAGAUUUUUUUUGUAGGCAGCCCCUUUUUUGUUUAAACUGUCAUAGACUUCAAACUCCUCUGCAUAGGGACUCUUGACACCAUUGACCAUGUCUGUCUCCCAGUAUCCUAAUGCUGGAUGGUCACAGGUUAGGGUUAUUCAAUUGUCUGGCUGUGAUAUGGCCUCAUCUUCUAAUAGCUGCUGAACAUUUCUAGGGACAGGAUUUUUCCUGAACAUGUGUCCUGGAAAAACUCUGUGCCCUAGUUAUGUCAAUUGCAUACUCCUUGUGUCCUCUCUCCUUUUCAAAACCCAUUGGAUGAGGGAGCCAGAGGUCCCUUCCCUCUGACCUCCAAUGGGUUUUAAGAAGUAGACUGAGGUGUUUUCAAUUGAGAUCUUCCCACAGAAUCUUUCAGGUGGUCACAUGGUCAGGAAAAACUCCUGGCUCUAACCAUUUUCCAAUGGAUAAGAAUGUGUUUGAGGAAGUAAUGUGCACUGAGUGGUCCUGUGCUUGGAUAAGUGAGUGUGGGCUGCGUGCCUGUAGAUAUUGUCCUAAUUCCUAUUGCUGCUAAACCGCCUACCUAGUAUAUUAUAUUGCAAAAUGUAUAUUAUAGAUGUUAAAGUUCAGAAUGAAUUUUUUUGUUUUGUUAUUUAAAACUUUCUUUUCUUUUUUUUUACAUGUGAUCCAUAAAAUCCACAUCAGUCCAUGCCACAUGAUGUGGAGCAAAAUAUGGAUCCACUAACUGGUCUGUCUUACAACAGCAUUUACCCAUCUUCUCUUUGUGAGUGUGCAGCAAUCUUUCAUGUAAAAGUUAAAUCAGGCCUGUAAAUAGGUCCAUUAAGAACUCUGAUGCCUUAGAUUGGAAGACCUAGCUUGGUUGCCCGAUCUGUUUCUACACUUCUAGCAUUGUCAUACCAAACAGCCUGUCCUUAUUGCAAUCUCAUUUUUACAUUGAAUAAUGACUGGAGAUCAUUUCUGCUUUAACAAAAUCCUUAUCUAGGAACCAGCAAUGAAAUAGUUGUAGUGUUCAAUUCAUUACCAUAAUUCUCAUCAUGCAUUAUUUUGAAAUCAUGACCAUUUAUUGUGGAACACUCAUUUGAAGUGAAUACUUUGUCUAUCUGGGGUCAAUCAUCAUUACAUAUCAGGUCUUUGUUCGGAAUCAAGUGGAAACAUUCAGCUCAGCAUCAGCACACAUUCACACAAUCAUUUCAUGAAUUGUUCAGAACAAUUUUUCAAGUGUCAUUAAUGGGGUUUGCAUUUAACACCCAAUUAUUCCACUGUUCAAACUUCUCCAUAACUUAUACAGUGUUCUGCCAUUAUAAAAACAAUUCUGGAGUUAGCUUUUUUUUGUCAUUAAUUUUCUCUUGUAUUUUUUUUGUAAGUGUAUAGUUACUUUCUAAGAGAGCCUUCAUGCGGAUUGCAAUCUUUGUUUAUAUACUCCUCCACUGCCCUGGACCUAUUUGCCAGUAGAUUUGCUAGUGUGGCAAAAGUCUGCACAUAUUUACUCCCAAAGAGCCAGACCCUGUGAAGUGUUCUAGUGCCCCUUCUCUCCUCACUCUGACCUCUGCUCUUGAGGCCAGAGAUGGAAUGGUAGAAAAAUGUGACUGGUGAGUGAUGUGAAAUCUUUUUUCUUUUAAUUUGAGAAUAACAGGAUUCUUUAGUUUACACUGGUGUGUGUAGUGGAAAACGUGACACAUUUUGGGAACCCCCAUGUCUGGAAAUAAAACUUUAUAUUGCUUUUUA